UAAGUUUUAAGUUAUUUACAGGAAGUCAUCUUCGCAGAACGAUUCAACGAGAACGGAUAACAAAGAAAAUCUUUCUUGCAAGGAUACUGUUUACUCACCUUUAUUAGACUCUUUUGCAAUAUCUGUUCCAGUUUCCACCAAUGUCAUGAGUCUUCCUGGAGAAUAUGCAAACAAACAAAAGGAGAAAGCCGACAGAGACGUUUCGUUUUGCAAACCACGUGUCCUGAGCGUACGGGACAAGAAUAUCGUGGGUCCAGAAAGUCCGAGUUCUCUAAACGCCUUCGGCGGGAUCGAAUCCGACCCGGUGAUCUUCAGCACGCGUGUUCCACAGAUUGGUCACUUCUACACUUUGAAGAGCAAAGCCGUUUUGGUGAAGUUCAACGACGGGUCCCGUCUCCUACUGCCGAAAGACGGAUUUCCUCUGGAUUACGUAGACUUAUCGGGAAAGUGUAAAAGAUAUUUCCAGAACAGUCAGCUACCAUCUCACUUGAUGGAAAAAUUGGCGCAGGCCCAGACCGUAAUCGCGGAGUCACAGAAAGACCGAAAGAAACAGAGAACCACAGGGAUUACUUGAUGCCAGUAUGCUUUAAAAAACCGGAAAAUGUUUGGAGAUCGAUGGUUACUGUCGAUUCUGUUGAGACGAGAGGUAUUAUUUCUAAGGGAUUUCGUCAGUUGAGAAGAUACAAGCUCGUCAUCUUGUUUCCAGUCGUCACAGUCUGGUCGAUUUACGCGGACUACCAGCGCACGCAGAGAUACAAAGCCAAAAAGAAGAAAGCUCUAUAACG